AUGUUGGCGCAAAAUGAGGAUCACGAGAAUGCGGUUCGAAGCGGAUGUCUUAGACAGGCAUUCGCAGUCGUGGCGUCGACAUCGGAUUGGAACGCACCACCGCGCCGUCGGUCUAUCUCGACCGUAUGUGGACCAUCACAAAGUGAACUCAAUCAAUUCUAUGCACAUUUCUUCCCCGAAAAGGAAGUCCCACAGCAAUACGGUAGCUACACCGCAUCAUACGCAAAUCAAGCGCAGCAACACAACAUCUAUUUUGGCCAACAGCAGCAGCAACGAUGCCCAGACAACCCGACGCCACCAGUCUACGAUCCAGGCAGAUUUUCGCCACCUCAGCUUGACACUCCUCCUCCACCGAUACUCAGUAGUCAAGAGCAGGAUUUCAACGUGGGGAUGUUCACAUCGUUCGAGAAACACAACAACAACUGCUGGAACAACGCUGGUAAAGCAAACAACCAGUCCAUGAUGCGAAAGUUCAGCGUAGCUGCGGAUUUCUUCACGCCACCGGAGACAAGACAUCCAGAUGGAAGUCGUAGUACGAUCACUCAAAGCAUGCUUGGCUACCACCCUAUGCCAAUGGAUAGCAUGAACAAUACGCAGUGGUCAAAGCCAUUCCAGCACCCCGUGUCCAUACCCCAACAGAUGCCGAUUCCGUCCACUACCUUGCCGCAGCGGAAGGUAUCGAUGACAUCACUUGACGCUGCAGUGGCUUCCCCACCAUUCGAACUCAAGGUGCAACCAGACGAGUGUCACAUGGAACGAAAUCACGCGCAAAUGAUUUCGCCGCAAAAUAUCGUUACACCCACCGCCCAGAUCAAAUUAGAGGACCCGCCUGGAAUGGAGGUGGAUCCAUCAUCGGAAUCGUCUGACCGGCCACUCAUCACGUCUAUCCAGCACAAACCAUACCAAGGCAAGAAACACCCAAACAUCGCAACCAGGAAAGCUUCAGUAAUGGCGCAGAAGAGUCAACUACGGUCACCAAGAUUUGUCGACCAAAUACUCGGUGCACAACCAAGAAGCGUGCACCCGUACACCCCACCACCAAUCCUGACUCCAAUGCGUAACGGUUCAGGCCUGUUCUGGCAGAUCGCCAAGAAUUUGGGACAUCCUGGACAGGCAGCUCCGUCGACUUGCGGACGAGGAGGAGAUGCGCACAACGGGCAUGCGCCAGCUGAAGAACAAGAUAUGAAUGACGAUUCACCUGGACUGCGUAUCGUUGACGAAGGUGCUGGUCCAAGUGAUCCGAAUACUGAAAGUAGUGAUGUCACAAUGUCGUCCACUAACGAAAAUGGACAUCCUGCACGGAAAAAUGGCUUUAUUUGUAGCCAGUCCUCAUUUGCCGAUGAACUGGAAGAAUUGCGAAAGAUUUCCUACGCAUCCACUGCCUCAUCAACCAGAUCAGCUGAGGAAAUCCUUCGAAAGCAUUCGAUGGAUCCGGAUGAGUAUUUGCGUAAAGCUUCAUGUAUAUCUGAUUGUUAUUAUGAUAUGCCGAUCGAUACACGACCCAAAAUGAGUGAUGCCAUACCACAUAUAAACAUCGGUCGUGAAUAUCAGGCUCGAGUACGGAAAUGGAACGAUAGAAAGAUCCAUGCUUCCGAACUGGAAGCCAUCGAAGAUCGAGAUGAGAUCGUAUUCUCGUCAGACAUUCUUCGAGACAUCGAAAAGGAUCAAAUCGAAGCUUUCGAAUUAUUGGCAUGCAGUCAAGCAAUCCCGCGGCCCGGAAGGAAUAAGGAACUCGCCCUCCACUUACUCAUGGAAAACAAAGGCAAUAUCGAAGCGGCUGUGGCUGACCUCCUUCGAUCAGAUACUUUGGACUGGGAGCAGUAUCAAAUCAUCUACGGUUCUUCUUAUCUGGACAGUACCUUAUGGACUCCAGAAGAAGUGAAUGCAUUCCAAGAUGCUAUCUACAAAACAGAAAAAGACUUCCAUCAAGUCGCACAAGAGUUGCCCGGCAAAACUGUAAGGGAAUGUGUGGAGUUCUAUUAUACUUGGAAGAAAGCCUGUCCAGAUGAUUACCGGAAGUUGAGGAAUCUCCGGCGGAAGAGGCAGUUGUUGGAGUUGAAUCUGCAGCAGAUGGAAGAAGGUGAACCACCAAAGAAAAUUUCCGAAGAUGAAGUUGUGUCAUCUGAUGCUGAAUCCGAUGCUACAGCUCCGUCUUAUUGUGGCCAGGAUCCUUUCGAAUAUCGUGGACGAACGGGCAGUUUCCUUUCCCAAUCCGGUGGCAUCUGCGUGUCACCACUUCGGGAACCCGUUUCUGCCUCCCUUUCCCAGUCCUUGUUAGGUUUGAGGCCGUCACCACCGCUGAAAGAUCUCUCUGGUUUGCAAAGAAAUUACCAACCGUCCGCCCCUCGUACGCAACCUCAUGCAUCAGCCAGUAGUAAGAAGGGUGCGCAACCGAGUGCCGAUGGUUUCUUCCAUUGUCGGUUAUGUGACAAGUGCUUCGAAAAGGUUAAGUCCCUCAAUGCCCAUAUGAAGUCACACGCAAUGAAAGCACGAGCCGAAGCCGAGGCAAAAGCACAGGUUGACGCACAGUUGGCGGCGCAAACGAAUCCCUUCCAAAACGGGCACCUCAAUCUUACCGGUUUGACGACUUCACUGCAAGGAGUUUCUCCAUCAUUACAAGGCGUAUCUCCAUCGUUACCGGGUGUUUCACCAUCGCUAGGAGUCUCGACAGCGCUGCAAUCCGUCACGAACACUGCCGCUACGGGACUGGCUUUGCAACAGGGACUCCCGCACAGCCUACUUUCACCACAAGGUAUUGGCCUACCACAUCCACGACCACAGCAUCCGCUACUCUCCCAGGUCCAUUCGGCUAUCAUCCAUUAGCAGCAGCAGUCACUUGUCCAGUUGUUCGUAUAAGCUAGCUUUCCUCUAUCCAUUUAUCAAGGUCAUGAAUUAGUCACACAGUUAAAGGGACCAUGCCUCGUGUUGUCCACUCGGUGACUCAGUUUAUGUAUCGGGUUUUUUUUAUUUUUCCACAGAUUUCCAGAUUUCUAUUCGCAUAGUAUUAACGCUAAUCAUUUGUUCAAAUCUACACUAAAAAUUUUGUCAGUGCUAGUCAUUACGCCAUAUUUAUAAUGUUCAUUCCUAUCAUAUACUGACCCUAAGGUUAUUGUGGGGUUUUCCUGGCUUACCCUGAGGUAAGGAUGCAGGAAAGCAAUCUCAGUUAGGAAAACGCCGCAUACCUUCUGUAUUUUCCCAGGUCAUACCUCUUCCUCUGGUCAAACUCUAAGUUCCUCUACUGAUUGUCGACAUCACACGGGUUUUUCUCGAUAAAGCAGUAAUGAUUUGACUAACAUAAAAUAGAGCAGGCUAGAGUUAUUUUUUUCUAUCUCCUCAUUUUCUCUGAUUCGCGCUAUAUUUCCGCCCCGAUGAUUGUUUGUAUUUUUGUUGUUUUGGAUGAUAUCUAUGUUUUUUUUUCUUGAAGAUAAUGAUUGUCGUUUAGUGAGCUCGUCUAAUGUACAUGUU